AUUAAUCGGAUGUCGACUUAACUAUCCCUACGUCACAAUGUUCUCAAGAUUUCUUAAUUUUCGAUUCGGCGGAUCGGUUGUUUCCAAUUUUAGAAGUAAUAGCAAAUAUAUAUCCCACAACAUGGUUACAAUGGAACAGGUUGUAGAAAACAAUAAGCGUAGCUUGGAUAUUAUUGAGUCCCUCAAGAAUGAGCUCGCAGCGAUUCGACGUGAACUCAUAGCUAGAAAGAAAAAGGAACUGACUGCUGAGAAUGCGGCCUUACAAAAACAAGUUGAAAUCGCCAAGUCGCAAUUAAUUGCUUUGGAAAUCAAAAAUGGCAAGAAACAAAUUCCUGUGCCUGGUGCAUCAGCUGUAUCAUUGUGUUCAGAUGUUACCCCUUCGGGCAAACAGGAAACGAAAGCUGAGGAACCGGUUGCCAAGGCUCCUCCCAAGGAGAAGAAACCCAAGAAGGAAAAGCCAGCCGCAUCUGAAAGCUCUAAAAAGGACAAUGCCACCCCAGAUCUUCCCAUUGAUGUGGGACGUUUAGAUAUGCGUGUUGGUAAAAUUGUAGAGGUGUCACGUCAUCCAGAUGCUGACAGUUUAUAUUUGGAAAAGAUUGACUGUGGCGAAGCUCAACCACGCACAGUGGUAUCGGGUCUCGUCAAAUAUAUUCCUCUAGAGGAGAUGCAAAAUCGUAUGGUUGUUGUUUUGUGUAACCUUAAGCCAGCCAAAAUGCGCGGCGUUACCUCAGAGGCUAUGGUAAUGUGUGCAUCCACACCGGAAAAAGUUGAGAUCCUAAGUCCACCAGCUGGAGCCGUGCCCGGCGAUUUAGUACAUUGUGAGGGUUAUCAACGUCAGCCAGAUGCGCAAAUGAAUCCAAAAAAGAAAAUCUUCGAAACAUGUGCCCCAGACCUCAAGACCAACGACGCUCUUGUGGCUUGCUACAAGGGUGCUGCCUUACAUGUUCCUGAAAAAGGUAAUAUUGUGGCCCAGACCCUAAAGAAUGUGCAAGUAAAAUGAACGAUUUUAAAUAUUUGUUUUUAUAAAUAAUAAUUUAAUUUCUCAUUGCCUACAAAAAAUUACAAUAAAAACACACCUCAAUUUAAAA